GACGAACGUCAGAAUUUUCUUAAGCAUUAAGAGUUUAAGCUUCCUCCUUAAUCAGAUUCUAGCGCAUUACAUGGUCUACCCAUAGUCAAAAAUGGUGAUACGCGUUGGGUUUCUGCUUCUUACUUUAUGCUUGUUGGGUUCAUGUGAAAAUCGGACUGCCUGUAGCUAUUGGGAUGUAAUACAGAAAUUCAAUCUGACCGACCCCUUGAGUCCUAAUGUGCGACCAGUGAAGGACUGGAAUAGCAAAACCAUUGUGUAUAUAGACUUUGACCUCUACAGUAUCGUCAGCUUGGACACAAGUUUACAGACAUUAACCACACUUCUCUGGCUUAAAAUGGCACCACUCAAUGAUUUAGAGAGCCAGAGCCAACACUCUGAGUCAAGGAACUUUCAAAGUGAUCUGCACCCAAUAUUGGUGCACACCACAAUGCUCGGACCACUGGACCACCAAAAUUUCAGAUUCACAGAAUGCCUCCACUGGACCACUAGCGAUAGCAACCCCUCCUGCUUAAAGACAUGGCAAAAUGAAUUUAUAUCCUGGAAUCCAGAUGACUUCUGUGGAAUUGAUAGAGUUUAUAUAUCUGGUGAUUCUUUGUGGAAACCAGACCUUUUCAUUUACGAAAUGACGGACAAUAGUAAUGAAUCCAUAAAAACCCUCUAUUACACCAUCACAUCGAAUGGCAAUGUUAGUUAUGGAGCCCCACUGCGGAUAGAGACUAGCUGUAACAUGAGCAUGUUCAAGUUCCCCUUUGACACGCAAACGUGUAUAUUGACCUUUGGUCCUUAUGUUCACCGAGACAAGGAAAUAACCAUGUUAUCAAAAAGCAAUGACAGUGUGAUGAAUAAAAAGACAAAGGCCGUUUUCAAAAGCAAAGGAGAGUGGAAUUUUGAUCAUAUUGCUGUAGAAAACAAACUUUUGCUGUUCUAUGGAGAGAAUUAUAGCCAAGUGUCCUAUCAGAUAACCAUUACUAGAGUUCCUAUUGUUUAUGUUAUAAACCUGAUCAUUCCUUCAUGCUUUCUGGUAUUAUUGGACGUCGCCAGUAUGUUCAUGCCAGCAGACACUACCGAAAAGCUUGGCUUUAAAAUCACCAUUGUUUUGGGCUUCUCUGUAGUCUUACUGAUUCUAAAUGACAUGAUCCCCAACUCUGAUGAGAUACCCGCAUUAGGUAUAUUCUGCUGUGUGUGUAUGGGCAUUAUGGUAUUCAGUAUUAUAGCCUCCUUGGUAACGUUAUUUAUGCAGUCACGUUCCGAAACCCAGCGAGAAGUCCCACGCUGGGUGAAGAUUUGGAUCAUGAAAUAUUUGGCACGCAUCCUUUACGUAAAACAAAAAUCUAUGAAUAAAGAUGUGGCUACUGUGAUGAUGGUUGACCAAAAUGUUGAAGAUGGCAGAAAAACAGAGGAAAAUGUUGUACUUAGAGAGAGGAGUAAAUGUGUCUCCAAAGCAGCAACAGUUAGCCUGGAAGUCAAGUUGUUAAAGAAGUUGCUUAUGGAAGUUCUGAAAAUCCACCAACAAUUGGCCCUUCAUAAGAGCCAUGAUGAUACCAAGGCUGAAUGGCUCUUUGCCGCCAUAGUAGUGGACCGAUUAAUCCUCAUCAUUUAUCUGAUCAUUAUAAUUGUAAUUUUUACCGUGGUGAUUGUGGUUUGGGCUAGCUGAGUGUUCUUUUUAUAGCAAACAAUGGUCUGUAAUUAAAGAAGUGAAGAAAAUAAUGUUUUUCCCCCUGUUCCCUUGUUUGUCCAUCGAAUCUCACCCAUGUCUCCUAAUUUGUCUAUCAUCUUUCAUCUAUGUCCCCUGUUCUUAUACUCUUCUUUUGCUUUCGAUCUCCUUUCUUUCCAACUUUCUCCUAAUGUCCUUUUUGCUCAGUUUUCUGGUCUCCCCACACAAAUGCACUAAAGUCAAGAUUCAUAAUCCUUAGUAAUACAAUGGCUGAGGCUACUCAGCCAUGGUCUACUGAUAAUUAAUUCACUUUUUUUUCCCCAUGAAAAUUAAUCCUCUUGCUGGCUGAUUAUAAUUUAGAAGUUUGUCAUAACAUUUCUCUUUGUAAGAGCAAAAUAUAAGAAUUGUAAAAUAAAU